UCAUUCUGUACAUGCUUUACUCUGCUUUCUGACCCUACACUAUUUAAUGGCUAUAGAAAGGCUUGCAGAAACCCAGAGAAGAACAUCUUGGUAGUUUAUCAUGUGACAUGUAUCCCUGGAGGAAAAGCCUGGAGACCCAUUUUAACAGAAAGGCAGGUCUCUGGAGCCCCCUGGUCUGCCAGAACCAUCAGAAUGGCAGUACCACUGAGCCCUUCAUCCGAUCCAGCCAAUAAAAAUAAUAUGAUUGCGUGUAACCAGGCAUUGCAUUGCCGACUAGCAGAGAACCAGUGGGAAAUACAAGAUCUGAAAGAGAUAGUUCAUCAUUUCAGCUUCAUCCUCCACCAAGAGGAAAACAAUUAUGGUGAGGGCCAAGAGGUGAUUCAAUCCAGGCUAAGGGAGAAGCCAGCACUUGGAACUCCACAGCUUGAGAAGCUGGCACCUGCCGAGUUCAAGAAAUGCCAUGUAAAUAAGGCACUGCACCCGCAAGCGGCGCUGGCUACGUAAGAAGUCAAGAAAACAGACACAGAUUUGUCAUCUCAGCCUACAUCCCAGAGCCCUCCUCACCCAGCAUGACCCUGACAGCCACCACACAGGGGCUUGCUGGAGCCACUGGUUGUUCACGUCAGGCUGGAAAAGCAUCUUGUCUACAAAUGUAGCCUGGCAAAAGAAAUGACGCAAAUGAAGGGUGGUUGCUGGGACUUAAUCUGCCCCAGCAGGAUCAGUGGGUGCUUUCCACCUCAAGUAGAGCCUGAGUUGGUACCAGGGCUGAUCAUGGGUGAAUAUUGUUGGUGCAUCAUCAUGAAAGCCACGCUGGUUAUGCAGCAGCGUUAUCCUGGUGGUGGCUGGACGAUAGUGCUGGAAGAGUACUCGUGGUGCACAAGGUUUGGAGUCUAUGGGAAUUCCCUUGAGGACAGAGUGCCACAUGAAGCCAAACCUGCAUUGUGUGAAAACCGAUCUCUAGCUGAAGGGCAUCGCAUCAUGGCAUGCACACACCUUACAGAUGCACCUUACAUGUGGCAUGCCUCCUGGGGGGACAAGCUGGAAAUACUGUUCCAGGCCUGGGCCAGGGUCCAGCAGCCCUUAGCCCAGCAGUCCAUCCACUGGAUAGAGGCCAUUGAGGGGUAUGAUACCUCCUCCCAAAAGGAUGAAGUGGUAUCUGCAGACAGAGCUGAGGUUAUCCCCAGGGUGUGUGGAGAUCCACCCCCACUGGAAGGGCCAGAUACCAUCAUGCCUAUCCUCAAGGAAGAUGGAUCCUACCUGCUCUGUGGAUUUUGGGCUGAUGAGCCUGAAGCACCAGCCCAGGCCUGGUCUGAGACUGUGAAAUGUACAAUCCAGCAGCCCGUCUGCUGUGCUGAGGCCAAUGUGGUGGAAGACCUUUCCUACAAAAAGGAGGAAGGGGAGGUGGCAACUGCAGUCCAGGCUGAGCCUAUCCCCAGGGUGUGUGGAGAUCCACCCCCACUGGAAAGGCCAGAUGUCAUCCUGCCUAUCCUGAAGGAUGACAGAUCCUACAUGCUCUGUGGAUAUUGGGCUGAUGGGUCUGGAACACCAGUGCAGGUUUCUGCUGAGCCUUGGCACCUUACAACCCAGCAGCCCAUCUGCUGUGCUGAGGCCAUUGUGGUAGAAGAUGCCUCAAGCCAAAAGGAGGAAGGAGAGGUGGCAUCUCCAGACCUGGCCGAGGCAAACCCCAGGGUGUGUGGAGACCCACCCCCACUGGAAGGGCCAGAUGUCAUCGUGCCUAUCCUCAAGGAUGAUGGGUCCUACAUGCUCUGUGGAUUUUGGGCAGAUGAUGAUGCUGAAGCUCCAAUCUGGGCCUGUGCUGGGGCCUGGCACCCUACAACCCAGCAGCCCAUCUGCUGUGCUGAGGCCAUUGUGGUGGAAAACCCCUACCACCAAAAGGAGGAAGUGGAGUUGGCAUCUACAGACCAGGCCGAGGCUAUCCCCAGGGUGGGUGAAGAUCCACCCCCACUGGAAGGGCCAGAUGUCAUCGUGCCUAUCUUCAAGGGUGACGGAUCCUACCUGCUCUGUGGAUUUUGGGCUGAUGAGUCUGAAGCACCAGUCCAGGCCUGUGCUGAGCCCUGGCACCUUACAACCCAGAAGCCCAUUUGCUGUGCUGAAGCCAUUGCGGUGGAAGAGCCCUCCUGCAAAAAGGAGGAAGGGGACUCAGCAUCUGCAGAGCAGGCCGAGGCUAUACCCAGGGUGUGUGGAGAUCCACCCCCACUGGAAGGGCCAGAUGCCAUCGUGCCUAUCCUCAAGGAAGAUGGAUCCUACCUGCUCUGUGGAUAUUGGGCUGAUGAGCCUGAAGCACCAGUCCAGGCCUGGGCUGGGGCCUGGCACUUUACAACCCAGCAGCCCAUCUGCAGUGCUGAGGACACUUUGGUGGAAGAGCCCUCAUUUCAAGAGGAGGAAGGUGUGGUGGCACCUGCAGACCAGGCUGAGGCUAAUCAGAGCCUCUGCUCUGCAUCACACCUCGGGGUGUGUGAAGAUCCACCCCCACUGGAAGGGCCAGAUGUCAUUGUGCCUAUUCUCAAGGAUGAUGGGUCCUACAUGCUCUGUGCAGUUUGGAUGGAUGAUCCUGAAGCGCCAGUCCAGGCCUGGGCUGGGGCCUGGCACCCUACAACCCAGCAGCCCAUCUGCUGUGCUGAGGCCAUUGUGGUGAAAGAUGCCACCUACCAAAAAGAGAAAGUCAUGUUGGCAACUGCUGAUUGGGCUGAGGCUACCUCCAGGGUGUGUGGAGAUCCACCCCCACUGGAAGGGCCAGAUGUCAUUGUGCCUAUCCUCAAGGAUGAUGGAUCCUACUUGCUCUGUGGAUACUGGGCAGAUGAGCCUGAAGCACCAGCCCAGGCCUGGGCUGGGGCUCUGCACCCUACAGCCCAGCAGCCCAUCUGCUGUGCGGAGGCCAUUGUGGUGGAAGAUGCCUCCAGCCAGAAGGAGAAAAUAGAGGUGGCAUCUGCAGAGCAGACUGAGGCCACACCCAGGGUGAGUGAAGAUCCACCCCCACUGGAAGGGCCAGAUGUCAUCGUGCCUGUCCUCAAGGAUGAUGGAUCCUACCUGCUCUGUGCAUAUUGGGCAGAUGAGCCUGAAGCCCCAGUCCAGGCCUGGGCUGGGGCCCUGCACCCUACAGCCCAGCAGCCCAUCUGCUAUGCUGAGACCAUUCUCGUGGAAGAGCCCUCAUCACAAGAGGAGGAAGGGAAGGUGGCACGUGCAGACCAGGCCGAGGCUAAUCAGAGGGUGUGUGGAGAUCCACCCCCACUGGAAGGGCCAGAUGUCAUCGUGCCUAUCCUCAAGGAUGAUGGAUCCUACUUGCUCUGUGGAUACUGGGCAGAUAAGCUUGAAGCACCAGCCCAGGUCUGGGCUGAGGCCUGGCAUGCAAAAACCCAGCAGCCCAUCUGCUGUGGUGAGGCUUUUUGGGUGCUAAGAACUUCCUCUGGUGGAUACCAUGAAACCUGACUCUGUUCAUUCCAGGACCCCAUUUAUAUUAAAGUUUGGUUUUGUUAAUUAUUUG